CGCGGCUCCCCGGCGGCUCGGGCCGGAGUAGAUGGGCGCAGCCUGCAGACCCCACCAGCCCCACGGCGGCCACCCUGACGCACACUGCCCGGAGCGCAGCGCCUGGCCGCUGUUGGGACUUUGACCUUCCGGAUGGCCAUGGAGGCUGGCGGGGAGCAGGGCGCGACAUAACCGCCUGGGCCUGCGGCUCCUCCAGGGCGCUCACACUUCGGUAACUUUGCAGAGCUCAUGGAUCUGAAGACCGUCCUGUCCCUGCCCCAGUACCCAGGGGACUUCCUGCACCCCGUGGUGUAUGCGUGCACCGCCGUCAUGCUGCUCUGCCUCCUGGCCUCCGCCAUCACCUACGUCGUGCACCAGAGCGCCAUCCGGAUCAGCCGGAAGGGCCGGCACACGCUGCUGAACUUCUGCUUCCACGCGGCUCUGACCUUCACGGUGUUCGCGGGCGGCAUCAACCGCACCAAGUUCCCCGUCCUGUGCCAGGCGGUGGGCAUCGUGCUGCACUACUCCACGCUGUCCACCAUGCUGUGGAUCGGAGUGACCGCCAGGAACAUCUUCAAGCAGGUGACCAGGAAGGCCCCACCAUGCGCGGAUGCGGACCAGCCGCCGUUCCCCAGGCAGCCGCUUCUCAGGUUCUACCUCGUCAGUGGAGGGGUUCCAUUCAUCAUUUGUGGGGUGACGGCCACCACGAACAUCGGGAAUUACGGGAUGGAGGACGAGGAGGCUGCAUACUGCUGGAUGGCCUGGGAGCCCAGCCUGGGCGCCUUCUAUGGGCCGGCCGCCUUCAUCGCGCUGGUCACCUGCGUGUACCUGCUCGCCACCUACGUGCAGCUGCGGCGCCACCCCGAGCGCAGGUACGAGCUGCGCGCACGGCCAGAGGAGACGCAGCGGCUGGCGGGGCCCGAGGGCGGCCUGCGGGUGUCCAGGCCCGGCACGCCCCCCGUGCGGGACACGCCCGCGGCGUCGCUGCUGCAGAACGAGCACUCGCUGCCCGCCCAGCUGCGCGCCGCCGCCUUCACGCUGUUCCUGUUCGUGGCCACCUGGGCCUUUGGGGCGCUGGCCGUGUCGCAGGGCCACUUCCUGGACAUGGUCUUCAGCUGCCUGUACGGCGCCUUCUGCGUGACUCUGGGGCUCUUUGUGCUCAUCCACCACUGCGCCAAGCGGGAGGACGUGUGGCGGUGCUGGUGGGCCUGCUGCCCCGCCCGCGCCGCCGCCCCCGCCGGCGAGCUCGGGGCACGCGCCGCGCUCCACGCCAACGGGGACGCGCCGUGCCUGGGCCAGCCGCGGGGCUUCGGCCACUGCAAGAUGACCAACGUGCAGGCCGCCCAGGGCCACGUCAGCUGCCUGUCGCCCGCCACCCCGUGCUGCGCCAAGAUGCACUGUGAGCAGCUGAUGGAGGACGAGGCCCAUGCGCACCUGCACGGGGAGGACCCCUUCGGGCAUGACGCACACCUGCACAGGUGCCUUAAGGGCAGAACUAAGCUGCACUACUUCAGCCGGCACCAGGCGGCCGCCGAGCCGGAGUACGCCUACCACAUCCCGUCCAGCCUGGACGGCAGCCCCCGCAGCUCACGCUCGGACAGCCCCCCCAGCUCCCUGGAGGGCCCGGUGGGGGCGCACACGCUGGCCUGCUGUGCCCAGGGUGACCCCUUCCCCAUGGUCAGCCAGCCAGAGGGGGACGGCCUCUACGGCUGCCCCCCAAGGCUCGGGAGGGAGGCGGCCCUCGGCCCCGGCCACCUGGAGAUGCUCCGGAGGACACAGUCCCUGCCUUUCGGGGGCCCCGGCCAGGACGGGCUGCUCGAGGGCUCCUUGCGGGAAUGCCUGCCCUUCAGCACCGACCCGACGGGCAACAUCCGCACCGGGCCCUGGAAAAACGAAACGACCGUGUAGACUGUGGGGAGGUGUCCCUGGAGGGGCUUCGGAGCAGCGCGGGGCUGUCUGCCACGUGAGGCCCGUGGGGGUCACCCAAGUGACCGACCCUUUCGGGAGUGGUUCACAUCUCCCAGCCGACCCCUUCCUUGUGAGAGACCCCAGCGGGGAAAGCGCUUUGGGCCACCCCGCCUCUGUCCCCCUGCACAGUCACCGCUUUCUGUUCCGCAGCCUCCAGCCCCGGGAUUCUGUCAAAGGAAGCGCCCAGACCCAGGUGGCUCCGCGCUGUGGCCAAGGCCUGCGGAGCCCGGCCUCCCGCCGUCGGGCUGUGACCCGACCUGGUGUUUCGUGUGUGUCUUGGCUCUGUGCCCUGGCACCGGGGCCCUGGGCGGCGGCUGCAGGCCUCUCUCCCCUGAGCUGUGCCGGAGUUGCCGCCACCUCCCUUGGGGGACCGGCAGCCGCUCUGCCAGCUCAGCGUCCCCCGCCAGCCUCGGUCCCGGACGCAGCCCUGGCCCCCAGCCGGCCAGAGGACAUCGCAGGUGCUGGACGACACGGCUCCGGCACCACUGGGGCAAGGCCUCGGGGGCCGCUGCCUUGGAAAGCACCCAAACGGUCUUUCCUGGAGACUCAGCCUCCAGAUCCAGCCUCCGUCAGGACUGGAUGCCCGUCCAGCGUGGGCGCUUGGGAGCAAACCACUUCUGCCCCGGAAGGAACAGGGGCUGGCGGGUGGGCGGUCCUCACGGACAGAGUCACCUUCCCUUUGUUGCAGCUCCACAAACAUCUGGGCACGGAGCCCUGACUUGAAGGACAGGUGUGGAUGGCGAGACUUCUGUGGGAGCCAUGUGUGCAGAGGGGCCUGCGUGUGAGGCUGUGCACGGCUCUUCCUCCCCCCACCCCCCGUCUGUGGCAGCUGUGCAUACAUGUGUGUUUACACACAUGCACACAGACAUGUGCACACACCAUGCACACGCACGUGCACACACAGAGGUAGUGUGUUUUCUAGCCUCCCUGAGCACUGGGUUUUCACGCAGACGACGAUGUCUGCAGACGUGUCGGUGUGCUCUGGCCUCGGGAUGGGGAGGGCCACGCCAGCGGGAGACCCUCAGAGGGGUGAGGGGUGUUCCCGGCGCCUGGAGGCUCAGCAUCUGAGUACAGGGAGCCGCUCCCGGGAUGUUUGUGGACCGCGGUGUGGCAGCUCAGCGCCACGCUCCGCCCCAGCAGACCCGUGUGUCCUCGCGGGUCGCCCAGACAGGCAGCCGAGUGACCGCCGAGCGGUUCUGUGUCCGUCGCUGUCCCACCCGUUCACCUGCUCCCACCGCUGAUGAGCCAGAGCCCGGCGCUGUCUGUGUACACGCGGUAGAUGCAGAACCGUCCAGACAAAUACAAUAUUUUGCAUUGUUU